AUGGUCCUCGACGCUGAAAAACUCGCCAAGUUGCAACAAUCCGUCCGCAUUGGCGGUAAGGGUACUCCCCGCAGAAAGGUCAAGAAGACCACCAAGUCUACCGAGGCUGAUGAGGCCAAGAUCCAGGGCGCUCUUAAGAAGCUCAAUGCUCAGACCAUCCAGGGCAUUGACCAGGUCAACUUCUUUAACGAUGACGGCACUGUCCUCCACUUUCCCCGCCCCAAUGUCCAGGCUGCCACCUCCUCUAACACUUUUGCCAUCCACGGCCGCCCACAACAGAAGCAGCUUGAAGAGCUUAUGCCUGGUAUUAUUACCCAGCUCGGUGCUGAGAACAUUGACAAGCUCCGUGAGCUUGCUUCUCAGCUCGGCUCUGGCCUGAAGCAGGGUGCUGAGGGUCUUGAGGCCUCUGGUGAGCCUGAGGAUGAGGGUAUCCCUGAGCUUGUCUCUGGCGAGAACUUUGACAAGGUUGAUUAA